UAAAUUUUAAAUUCUCCAUAAUUAUUCAUGGAAUCUUUAUAGUCCGAGUGACAUUCCUUAGUAAAAAGCAUAGGUGAAGAACAAAAGAAGAUCAUCGACGGCAUGGCCACCGACUUCAAAUCCAUCCCAAUUAUCGAUAUUGCUCCUUUGUUGGCCAAAUGCGAUGAUCCAAAAAUGGCUCAAGACCCUGGUGUAUGUGAAGUUGUUAAGCAAUUAGAUAAGGCUUGCCGUGAGGCUGGGUUCUUCUAUGCGAAGGGACAUGGAAUCCCUGAGACUAUGGUGAAAGAGGUUAGAAAUGUAACACGCAAAUUCUUUGAUCUUCCGUACGAAGAAAAACUCAAGAUCAAGUUGACACCUGCAGCUGGAUACAGGGGAUACCAGAGAAUUGGAGAAAACAUUACCAAAGGCGUGCCUGAUAUGCAUGAAGCUAUUGAUUGCUAUAAAGAAUUAAAACAAGGGAUAUAUGGAGAUCUCGGCAAACCCAUGGAAGGAUGCAAUCAAUGGCCACAUAAUCCUCCAAGCUUCAAAGAACUGAUGGAGGAGUAUAUCCGUCUCUGUACAGAACUGUCAAGAAAAAUUAUGCGGGGAAUUGCUCUUGCAUUGGGUGGAUCACCAGAUGAAUUCGAAGGGGAAAGAGGCAGUGAUGCAUUUUGGGUGAUGCGUCUUAUUGGUUAUCCGGGAGCAUCAACUGCAAACGGAAAAUGUAAACCUGAAACUGACAUUGGAUGCGGUGCACACACGGACUAUGGUUUGUUAACAUUGGUGAAUCAAGAUGAAAAUAUCACUGCACUUCAGGUGAGAAACCAAUCCGGUGAGUGGAUCUCAGCUCCUCCGAUUCCCGGAACAUUUGUCUGCAACAUUGGUGAUAUGUUGAAGAUACUAUCUAAUGGUUUAUACGACUCAACUCUACACCGAGUUAUCAAUACAUCUCCUACAUACCGCGUCUGUGUAGCAUAUUUUUACGAGCCGAAUUAUGAGGCAGCGAUGGAGCCUUUGGAAGUAUGCAUACAGAGGAGUGGUGGAACUCGGAAGUUCGGAAAAGCUGUUUACGGAGAACAUUUAGUUAGCAAAGUAAAAACAAACUUUGUAAUGUAAUAGUUUUGAUUUGGAAUUUUCAGGCCAAACAUUUCAUCCUCUGAUAGUACUUUUGACUUCAUAAUGUCUGAAAUAGCAGUGAUGAAGCUUGAGAUGAA